AUGAGCGCUACAGUUGCCGCGCGCGCCGCCGACGAGGCGGUGCCGUGCUCGCCUGACGUCUCUGCAGAGGCUGCGCGCGCCUCUCGCGAUCUUUACGCGCAGCUGAAGGCUUUACAAAAACGCCUGGAAUUCCUCAACAUUCAGGAGGAGUACAUCAAAGAUGAGCAGAAGAACCUGAAGAGAGAGUUUUACCGCGCGCGAGAGGAGUUGAAGCGCAUUCAGAGCGUCCCUUUGGUCAUUGGGCAGUUCAUGGAGCUCAUCAACGCGAACGAAGGCAUCGUCGCCAGCACCGCCGGCAGCAGCUACGUCGUGAGAAUCCUUUCGACUCUCAACAGAGAACUUCUCAAGACGGGCUGCAGUGUGGCGCUCCAUCGCCACUCGCACUCAGUCGUGGACAUCCUCCCUCCCGAGGCCGACUCGACGAUUCAGACGCUGCAGAUGCAGGAAAAACCUGACGUCACGUACGCUGAUAUUGGAGGCAUGGACAUUCAGAAGCAGGAAAUUCGCGAAGCCGUGGAGCUGCCGCUGACGUGCCCUGAGCUCUACCAGCAGAUCGGCAUCGACCCGCCCACGGGGGUGUUGCUCUACGGCCCUCCUGGAACAGGAAAGACGAUGCUGGCGAAGGCCGUCGCCAACAACACGACGGCGACAUUCAUUCGCGUCGUCGGGAGCGAGUUCGUGCAGAAGUACCUUGGAGAGGGGCCGCGCAUGGUGCGCGAUGUCUUCAGACUGGCUCGGGAGAACUCCCCUGCGAUCGUCUUCAUCGAUGAGGUGGAUGCCAUCGCGACAAAGCGUUUCGACGCGCAGACUGGAGCAGACAGAGAAGUGCAGCGCAUCCUCCUCGAGUUGCUCAACCAAAUGGACGGCUUUGACCAGACCACCACAGUCAAGGUCAUUAUGGCCACAAACCGAGCAGAUACGCUCGAUCCUGCGCUCCUGCGGCCGGGACGCUUGGAUCGCAAGAUCGAGUUUCCGCUCCCAGACAGACGCCAGCGCCGUCUGAUCUUCCAGACGAUCACUGCCAAGAUGAACCUCUCGGAUGAGGUCGACCUCGAAGACUACGUUUCGCGACCGGAAAAAGUGUCUGCGGCUGACAUCGCGGCCAUCUGCCAAGAGGCUGGUAUGCAGGCUGUGCGCAAAAACCGAUAUGUCAUCUUGCCGAAGGAUUUUGAGAAAGGGUGGAAGGCGCACGUCCGCAAGCAUGAACGCGACUUCGAAUUUUACAGCUUUUAA